AUGGUCAUUAUUAAUUCUUCAAUUCUUUGGAAGCAUUUUGAGGUAUUAACCUUAACAAAGAAUACAAGAUUGGAUAGUGCAUUGGAAGAGGCUGUUCUGGAGGAGUUAAGAUCCUUAUCAGAGUGGAUACUUCAGAUAGGAGAGGGAAAUUUUGGUGCGGUUGUCAAUGAUAAACUUUGUGUAGAAGUACCAACUGAUUUGCUUAUUCAUACUUCUGAUAAUCUAGUUGAAGAUAUUAUUAAUGUAAUUUAUCCAAAUAUUAUUGUGAAUUUUGAAAAACCAAUUUUCUUUCAAGAUAAGGCAAUAUUGGCUCCAACUGUUGAAAUUGUUGAAGAGAUUAAUAACUACAUAGUUAAUUUGUUACCGGGUGAAGAAAAGGAAUAUUUGAGUGCCGAUAUUAUUUGUGGUAGUGAUGCUUAUGGUGAUAUUGACUCCGAGGUUGUUUCUGGUAGUAACAUUGGUGAUCAAGUAUAUAUUGCUCGAAUGAAUCUUAUUCCAAGUGAUGCUGGGAUACCUUUUAAAUUUCAGCGUAGACGAUUUCUAAUAAGCUUGUCAUUUGCAAUGAUGAUUAAUAAAAGUCAAGGGCAAACAUUAUCUGUUGUCGGAUUAUUUUUACGGCGUCUGGUAUUUUCCCAUGGCCAACUAUAUGUCGCUGUAUCUCGUGUGAGGAGCAGAAGUGGACUAAAUAUUUUGCUAUUUGAUGAAAAUUCAGAAUUUCCAAAUUUCACUAAGAAUGUUGUUUUCACAGAGAACUACCAUGGUACCGUUCCUUCCUUCACCGGCAGUGGGUCAUCUUCGCCAUUGGGCAAGGGAAAUGUUGUGGUUUUUUCUUUCCCCAGCGGUGGUACGAAUUUCUCUAUACACCCUGGCUAA